AUGGGUGACUCCGAAUUUCCCGUAAAAUUAGGACAAAUUCCAAUCUCAAGAAGAUUGAGUCAAGAAGAACGGAACGCGGAACAGCUCGAUGCUGAUUCACGUUCCAUUUUCGUCAAUAAUAUCAGUAUAGACAUGACUCCUGAACAAAUUGAAUCGCAUUUCAAAGAAUUUGGGAACCAUAUUGUCAGGAUUACUUUGUUUACUGAUAGACAUUCAAAAGGUUGUGCCUAUAUUGAAUUUGAUAAUGUUGAAGUGCGAGAGUUGGCUUUGAAUUCGAAUGGGACUCCUUUUAAUGGGUCUGUCAUUGGAGUGUUCAGAAAAAGAACAAAUUUGCCUAAGUUUAAAAGAAAGCAUGAUAUAAAUAAUAUUAAGACACCAGUAACAUAG